AUGUCGACUUGGGAGAAAACCUGGCACGGAGGUAAAGCCGCCUUCGACAAAGGAUGGGCAUUGUUCGAGAAACUCGGCGCACCCGUCAACCGACUGACGAACAAAAUCGGCUCUGAAGCCUUCUGGCCCUCAUCUAUGGAUCGUGAAUGUGACAAAUGUGCUCGCAUUCUGCAAUCUUUCUGCAAAUACGGUUUCUACAAAGAGCAACCCCUCAGCCAUAGCUCCUCCGCAGGACCGAAACAUAAACCCAAAGUUCUGGUCAAGAUCCCGCAACAGGUGAUCCAGAACUGUGUUGGCCUGGCCAUCUUUAGCGUCAUGCGAGCCGGCCUCUGGGUCUCGGGCGCCGGCGGCUCAGGCGUGCUCAUCGCGCGCAAAGAGGACGGAUCUUGGUCGCCUCCUUCGGGGAUUCUCGUCCACACUCUCGGAGUAGGCUUCAUGGCUGGGGUCGACAUCUACGACUGCGUCCUUGUGAUCAACAAUCGCGAGGCGCUCGACGCCUUCUCCAAGCUCCGCGUCUCGAUCGGCGGCGAGGUGUCGGUCGUCGCGGGUCCACUCGGAGCCGGCGGUGUGACUGAUUUGGAGCUCAUAAAGAAUAGGAGGCCAACGUUCAGUUAUAUGAAGAGUCGAGGGCUGUAUGGAGGAGUGCAGCUCGAUGGGACGAUUAUCAUCGAGCGGACUGACUCGAACGCAGACUUCUACUGGGAGAAGGUUGGCGUGAAGCAAAUUCUAGCGGGCCAUGUGCGGCGGAUCCCACCGGAAACGCGGAUGCUGAUGGAGGUGUUGAAGGAGGCGGACGGGAGAAUAGAUCUGGAUUACGGACUGCUGGGGACGGUCCAUGGACCGGCGCCAGGGGACUGCGAUAUCGAGAUGAUGAAUGAGCCCACAGCGGAGCAGAAAGUUCAUUACGCCCCCCCGCCGGGCUAUUAUGCCCAGUCCUCCCAGCAUGCAUAUCAGCAGCAGCCGCAGGGCUAUUAUCCUCCGGCAUCUGAGGGGGCUUACCAGCAGCCUCAGGACCCGUACGCAGCGGCGGAGGCUUCUCAUCCAAAUUACCCAGAACAGAGUGCUGGUCAACAGUACUAUCCUCCAGCUCCGCCGCAGCAAGGAGCUGCCCAGGUACCUUAUCACCCUCCUCCCCCUAGCCAUACUCCUGAGGCUCCAUACGCACCUUAUUACCCACCGCCUCCUGGUCCACCUCCAACUGCCCCACAGACAGCUUCCUACCCACCGGAUUCGCAGGAUUCCAAUCCCAAGGCUCCGACAAAGGCUCCAGACUCCCCCCCUCCCCUUCCGCCUCGUCAUUAA